CAUUCACUAAAUUUCACUCACGCUUAGCCCGCCCAUGUUUUUUCUCAUUCCCUCGCUAAAACCCGCAAGCAGCGCUAAAAUAACCGCUAGGGCUCUCUGCUUAAUGGCCUUGACCUGCGCAUCUGAAUCACUCGCCUAAACUACCAGCUCGCUCGCUCACUUGUUCCCAGUCCUCCGUUUCUCUUCUCCAAGUCAAACCCUCUCUCUACCUUAUGAAGUAACAACUUUAGGCUGGAUUAUUUUGUAAUUUCAGGAUGCAUAUAAAGCAGGUGAUAAUCGAGGGUUUUAAGAGCUAUCGAGAACAGAUUGCAACUGAGCCUUUCAGUCCGAAGGUUAAUUGUGUUGUUGGUGCUAAUGGAUCUGGCAAGACAAACUUUUUCCAUGCCAUUCGUUUUGUAUUGAGUGAUCUCUUCCAAAACCUGCGCAAUGAUGACAGGCAUCAAUUACUCCAUGAAGGUGCUGGCCAUCAAGUUUUAUCUGCUUUUGUGGAGAUUGUGUUUGAUAAUUCUGACAAUCGCAUCCCGGUUGAUAAGGAGGAAGUGCGUCUUCGAAGAACAAUCGGUUUGAAAAAGGAUGAGUAUUUCUUGGAUGGAAAGCACAUUACGAAAACUGAAGUUAUGAAUUUACUGGAAAGUGCUGGGUUCUCUCGCUCUAAUCCAUACUAUGUAGUGCAGCAAGGAAAGAUAGCAUCUUUGACAUUGAUGAAAGACUCUGAACGUCUCGAUUUAUUGAAAGAAAUUGGUGGCACCCGAGUGUAUGAAGAGAGACGGCGUGAGAGUUUGAAAAUUAUGCAGGAAACAGGGAACAAAAGAAAGCAGAUAAUUCAAGUUGUUCAGUACCUGGAUGAGAGGCUGAAGGAACUGGAUGAAGAGAAAGAGGAGCUGAGAAAAUAUCAGCAGCUUGACAAGCAGCGAAAAUCUCUAGAAUAUACUAUUUAUGAUAAGGAACUCCAUGAUGCUCGACAGAAAUUGUUGGAGGUUGAGGAGGCUCGGAGCAAGGUUUCUGAAAAAUCAGCGAAGAUGUAUAACGAUGUGUUGAAUGCCCAUGAAGAGUCCAAGGACUUGGAGAAGGUGCUCAAAGAUCUUACAAAAGAAGUUCAAGCAUUGAACAAAGAGAAAGAGGCAGCAGAGAAACAACAAACAGAAGCAAUAAAGAAGCAGACAGAGCUUGAGCUUGAUGUGAAAGAUAUGCUAGAGAGAUUUUCUGGAAAUAUCCAAGCCAAAGAUGAUGCUAUGAAGCAACUUGAUAUUCUACAGAAAGAAAUACAGGAUUCUCAGAAGGAGCUCAACAAAAUCAGUCCCAUCUAUGAAGAAAACCUUUCAAAGGAAAAGGAUAUCACCAAGAGAAUAAUGGAGCGUGAAAAGCAGCUUAGCAUACUUUAUCAAAAACAAGGUCGUGCAACCCAGUUUUCCAGCAAAGCUGCUCGUGACAAAUGGCUUCAAAAGGAAAUUGAUGAUUUACAACGAGUUCUUUCUUCAAAUUUGGCUCAGGAGCAAAAGCUUCAAGAAGAAAUUUAUAGGCUGAAUGCAGACUUAAAAGAGCGAGAUGCCUACAUUGAGAGUCGCAAAGCUGAAAUUGCAACCUUAGACUCUCUCAUUUUCCAGUCACGUGAAGGAUUCAAUAGUCAUAAAGCACAGAGAGACAAGCUGCAAGAUGAGCGGAAAUCAUUGUGGAAAAAGGAAAGUGAACUUUCUGCUGAAAUUGAUAAGCUAAGAACAGAAGUUGACAAGGCAGAGAAGAGCCUGGAUCAUGCAACUCCUGGUGAUGUGAGGAGAGGGCUCAAUUCUAUUCGGCGUAUCUGCAGAGAGUACAAAAUUAGUGGAGUUUUUGGUCCAAUAAUAGAGCUGCUUGAUUGUGAUGAGAAAUAUUUUACUGCUGUUGAAGUUACAGCUGGAAACAGCUUAUUUCAUGUCGUGGUUGAAGAUGAUAACAUAUCAACUCAGAUAAUUAGGCACCUUAAUGCAUUGAAAGGAGGGCGAGUUACUUUUAUUCCACUUAACAGGGUAAAGGCACCUCGAGUAACUUAUCCACAGAGUUCUGAUGUGGUACCUUUGCUAAAGAAGUUGAAGUUCUCUCCCAAUUUUACGCCAGCAUUUGCCCAGGUAUUUGCUAGAACUGUGAUCUGUCGAGAUUUGGAUGUGGCCACAAGAGUUGCCCGAACUGAUGGUUUGGACUGCAUAACUGUGGAUGGUGAUCAAGUAAGCAAGAAAGGUGGUAUGACAGGGGGCUUUUAUGACCAUCGGCGCUCAAAGUUGAAGUUUAUGAACAUGAUUAUGCAGAAUACAAAAUCUAUUAACAUUAAGGAAGAAGAACUUGAAAAAGUCAGAUUUAUGCUACAAGAUAUAGAUCAGAGAAUAACUGAACGCGUUACUGAGCAGCAGAAAAUUGAUGCCAAGCGGGCUCAUGAUAAAUCAGAGUUGGAACAGCUUAAGCAGGACAUAGCUAAUGCUAAUAAGCAGAAGCAAUUCAUUUCCAAGGCUCUUGAAAAUAAGGAAAAAUCACUUGCAGAUGUCCGGAAUCAAAUAGAUCAGCUUAAUGCCAGUAUGGUCAUGAAACAAGCUGAGAUGGGCACAGAGCUCAUUGAUCACUUAACACCAGAGGAAAAAUAUGAACUAUCCCAACUGAACCCUGAAAUAAAAGACCUUAAAGAGAAACUUAUUACCUGUAGAACAGAUCGCAUCGAGACUGAAACAAGAAAAGCAGAGCUAGAGACUAAUCUUACAACUAACCUGAAACGACGGAAGCAAGAGUUGGAAGCCAUAAUAUCAACGGUUGACUCUGACACGUUACAUGGUGAAGAUGAAUUGAAGAGGCAGGAACUGAACGAUGCCAAAUCUCUGGCUGAAGUCACAACACUGGAACUCAAAAGAGUUUCUGACAAGAUAGAUAGACUAAAGGAGGAACUAAAGGAGAAAAAAGAUAAAAAGACAGAACUAAAGGUUUUGGAAGACAGAUAUGAAAAAACACUUCAAGAUGAAGCAAAAGAAUUGGAACAGCUAUUGAGUAAACGGAGUAUUUUUCUUGCUAAACAGGAGGAAUACUCUAACAAAAUUAGGGAACUGGGUCCUUUGUCAUCAGAUGCUUUUGAAACGUAUAAGCGGAGAGGCGUGAAAGAUUUGCAUAAAAUGCUUCAUAGGUGCAAUGAGCAGCUUCAGCAGUUCAGCCAUGUAAACAAGAAGGCACUAGAUCAAUAUGUAAACUUCACAGAGCAACGGGAGGAACUUCAGAAAAGGCAAGCUGAACUGAAUGCAGGUGACGAGAAAAUAAGAGAACUUAUAUCUGCUCUAGAUCAGAGGAAGGAUGAAUCAAUAGAACGCACUUUCAAAGGUGUUGCUCGACACUUUCGCGAAGUAUUCUCUGAACUUGUGCAGGGUGGUCAUGGUCAUCUGGUCAUGAUGAAGAAAAAGGAUGGUGAUCAUGGGGAUGAUGAUUAUGAUGAUGAUGGACCUCGUGAGGCGGAUUUGGAGGGAAGGGUUGAGAAAUACAUAGGUGUGAAAGUGAAGGUUUCAUUUACAGGGCAAGGGGAAACACAAUCUAUGAAGCAGUUAUCGGGGGGUCAGAAAACUGUAGUAGCCCUGACAUUGAUAUUUGCCAUCCAACGAUGUGAUCCUGCUCCCUUUUAUCUUUUUGAUGAGAUAGACGCAGCACUGGAUCCCCAGUACAGGACUGCUGUUGGAAACAUGAUUCGUCGCCUGGCUGAUAUGGCCAACACACAAUUUAUAACCACCACUUUCAGGCCAGAACUUGUGAAGGUUGCUGACAAGUUAUAUGGGGUGACACACAAAAACAGGGUGAGCCGUGUCAAUGUUGUCUCCAAGGAAGAUGCGCUAGAUUUUAUUGAGCACGACCAAUCUCAUAAUGUUGAAUAAGCCAAACUCUGAUGGUCUGACGGAGGACUGAUAAAUGGAUCUAUACGAGGAUGCCGUGAUAAAUUUGUUCGCUGUUAACCAUGUACUAUAUUGUCUUUGCUGUAAUCUCAAGAUUGUAAAUAGGUGUUAAACAGCUCAGAGCUUUAUUAGCACAGCUUCUCAUGUCUCUUCAGUAUUAGCCUAGGAACUAGUUCAGUAUCAAAAUUGAUGGAAACAUUGGAGAUCUGCAGCUGUGCGGAUCUUUUACCAAGGCAAGUACGCAAACCAUGUUUUUCAAUAUGCUCUGUUCUUUAAAUAUUGGGAAAUUCUCUUUCGUGU